AUGAACAAGUCCACUACGCAGCUGACUGGUGCUGUGCAACAAGAAGUGCCGCAAGCCCAUCCACCAGUUCAACUCCCCAAGUCAAUGAUCAUAUCGAGGCGGACUCGAACUUCCUCCGCCUCCCAGGCUCUCACAAUCCUCUUGGAGCUACCUACCGAUCUCCGACGCCGUCCAGACAGCGACGUUGCUGUGAUUGUGUGGCCUACUGAAAUGACAGAUACGAUAAUCCCAGCCGGUAAUCGGCUUCCUGCCAUGUGCCCCUCCAAGUCAGUAGGCGGAAUGCGUCUUGAAUAUCCACCAGGAUACAGAUCCUGCGGUCGUGUUAUGGAUCCCCAGGAUGAUGCCGCCGAUUAUGAGUAUUUGACGCUUGAGUCACUACGGUUCUAA